AUGUGGGGUGGCUCCCGCGCCGUCUGGAAGAGGAGGUGCAGCUGCUAUGGUCCCUGGGAGACGGCGGAGAGCUGCGUGGUGCGCACGUCCGCCAGCGUCUACCGUCGGCUGCACGAGAGCCCCCGGAGCCCCCCGGUGGGGAUGAGCGGGGAGGAAUCGGGCGCUUGGGGCCCCCCGCAGCCCCAGCCAGCCCCGGGCAGCCCCCAGGCGAGCGGGCGGCUCCUCAAGUCGGAGUCGGAGGACUCCGGGGUGGAGAUGGCGAGCAACGAGAACUCACCCUCCACCCCUCUGGGCUCCGAGAGCAGCUUCUCCCUCGACGGCUUCCAGCCAGCCCGCGGGGACCCCCCGAAGAGCCCCCCGGGAGGGGAACGUGGUGCUGAGCCCCCCCGGCCCCUCCGCAGCCGCUCGGCCAGCAGGAAGCCGGGGCAGCAGCGCAGCAGGAGGCAGCGGCAGCUCAACCGGCGCAGCACCAGCGCUGGGGACCCCCGGGAGCUCGGCGCCGAGGAGCCCGAAGCAGCCGGGGCCGAGGCGGAGGCGGCAAUGCCGGGGCAGGGGCUGCGGUACCUGGAGCACAUCUGCCAGAUGCUGGAGCGCGUGGCACGGCUGCAGCAGGACAACCGGCUGCUCCGGCAGCAAGCGGCGGGCGCCCGGCGCGCCGGCACCGUGCCCAGCAGGCAGCAGGAUCCGGCCACGUGGAGGAGCGAGCGGUUCCGGGCGCGCUCGUGCUCCGACAGCCAUGCGCCAGCCCCCGACCCCGCACCGUGCCGGAGGAGAUGGGUGCACUCCGCCAGCUCCCCCAGCCUGCUGGACCCCUCCGAGAGCGGGUCGGGCGCCCCGUCCCCAGACAAGGACGGGCGCUCGCACUGGGGGCGCGUCAAGGUGCUGCUCACCCGCCUGGCCCGGCGCUCCCUGCGGGGAGGCCGCUGCCGGUAG